AAGAAAAAGAGAGAGAGAAAUAAAGAGAGAGAAAGAGGAAAAGAAAGAAUGGGCAUAUCUAUUGGUAAAAUUUCAACAAUAAUUAAACGUUCUUUCGAGACGAAACACACGGACGUGUCGAAGUAUUUUUGAAACGACCAAGACAAACAAUCCACGAACAAAAGAAGCUAGACAUAACGUGGAAAACGAGAAAGUGACAUUUUACGUGUAUAUCGCGCAAAAUUCCAAUGUAACCACAAUAUGUUGUUUAUUAUUAAAUUUAUAAGGGUGCGUACAUUAAGAAAUUUCUAAGUAAUCAGAAAGAUAUUACUUCCCGACGAGUAAGAUGAAUCCAUCGUGCGAGCACUAUCCGACUGAUAUGAUCAGUCUUAAAAGACCCACGUGAGUACACGUGACUCGAAUAACGGGAGAUUUCUUUUUCAUAUAACAAUUUUUCGAAUAAAAUCAGGAGUCUAGAGAAAUUCUCCGAAUCGAUCCCUAAACCGAAAGGUGCUAUUCCACAUUUUGGUCUGCCAAAAUGGAAAUUAAUGCCUUUAGAGUCGAAAAUCCCAAUGGUCCCCGGACCGGAAGGCGCUUACAACUUCGCUCGUCGUAAACUCGGGGAGAGAUUGUGGAUCUCAGCGCCCGACGCGGAAUUCAACUUGAGCGAUCCUUACGGUUAUGAGAUAGAAUGGACUUACGAUUCUCUUCACGACAAACAUUUGCUCCCUCAUUUCUCAAAACCGAAUGUUAUUCGACAUUUGUUGAAAGCCGGUUUCAUUACUAAGAAUCUAGAUGCGAAAUGUUCCUUGCGGGAUUAUAAUAUGUAUAGAAGAUAUUUGAGAAGGUUACACUGUGACAGUAUAAAAAAAGAAUUGAACAGAAUAACGAAAAAAUCUACAGAGGAGAAAGCGAUACAAUACGCGCAACAUCAGGCGGAGAAGGAAGUAAAGAGAUUAAAAGAAAGAGAAAGAUUGAUGGAAUUAAGAAAAUUUGCUAUAAAAGAGAUAAAAAUGGCUGAGAAGCUAAAACGACAAAAACAAAAGGAGAUGAAAAAGAAAAUAGAGAAAAGAUUGAUAUUAUUAGAAUUACAAAAACGAGAAGCUCAACAAAUGCGAUAUAUGAAAAGCAUAGAGAAAGCUGAAUUAAUUCAACAAAAACAAAAAGCAGCACAAGCUAUUCGACGGCAAAAAAUAAUUCACACUCUACUGGAAUGGAGUAAAAAGGAACGUGUAAGAAAAAAAAUGAUGGAUCGGCGAUUAAUACAAGAACGGGAAGAGAAACGGAGAAUCGUAAAAGAAAAAUGGGAAGAAAGACAAGAAUUUCAAAAGAAACAAAUUGAAAAAGAACAAUUUCUAUUGAAAUGCAUAGAAGAUCAACGAAAAGAAUUUAUAGAAGCAUAUGAAGAGAAAAUCUUUUUCAUGAUGUGAGAAUGUAUAUAAGAUGUUAUUUGGCUAGGCAAAUGCCUUCAAAGAGAAUGCGAAUUUGUUGUCCAAAAUAUUUUUAUAAUGAAGAGGAUGAUUUUAAAACCGAUGAAAAAAAAUUAUUAUCUAAAUCAUAUGCUGGUACAAAAAAUGAUAAG